GUUAGUACCAACCUGAAAACAGUCCUUACACAUUGCAAGGACAACAGUUGGAGGGCAAACACAGGUCUCUCAAUUACCAAUAUGCUGUCUCUCGGGAGGGCUCAAACCAUAUAUGCUCUGGGCGGCCUGUUGUUUCUUCUUAGCACGGCCAUCGCCAAUGUUGAAAAGACAAUAUUCACAGCUCCUGCAUCACUCCCUAUUCCCCAACAGAAGCCUUCGCUGGGUGAUCUCAGACUACCGAUCCUUACACCAGACGCCCCAAGUAUUCGAACUCAUAUCAGCCGCAGCUUUCCCUCUGAGCCAAAGGAUUACGCUUCCGGCGUUGCAACAUGGGUGCUUCUUGAUAAACUAAACCAAGGCCAGCGGUAUGAGUUUCGUGUAUGUUGGGCUGCGGUCCAACCAACUGGGUUUGACUUGGGUGUAUACGAGCUGGACACCGUGUGGCAGACACCAGAGCUGAUUCAGUCACUUGCCAGCUACUCAUUUUCUCGCCAAGAUCAAGAAGCUAGGCUGACAGAAGAGUCAACUCAAACUGAAGGCAGGGAGCGCGAGGCUUCCAUUCUUCUGCUACAGAUCAAGGCAUCUGCUGACUACUUUACGGACGACGCGGCUCUUAUGAAGGAUCCCUCACCUGUACACGUAGAUCUCAUCCUCGACCCCUAUCUUUAUGGUAUCGUCCCCCGUUCUCUAGUCUCAGCAGCUGGCUAUCUUGUUCUUGUCGGCGCGGUGGCUUGGUUUGUGUCCAGAUCUAUCGCCUCUAAGUUACAGACAAUUGCAGUCACAACCGAUGGCGCAAACAAAAAACAGAAUUAACGGGGUGUUGGCACCAUCGGGCUCUCGACUCUAGAUGCUAAAAAAGGGGCUUGGUGGAAUGCGUUCUACUAUCUACGUUAAUCAUAUUGCUCGUAACUUCUCCAACUUCAUGUCACUCUCCCUGGCCCUCUCAAGAGCUUCGAUAUCUAUACUCGUUUCGACACACAUCUUCAUCGAAAAACACUUUCAUAUCGAGCAUCCAAGUGUCGGAUGUGACAGGAGAGCUGUAAAUUUCUUCGGCUUGGGAUAUUCUUGCGGUCUCGUACCAAAACGAUUCAGGUGGUCGAUAACUCAAAAGAGUGGCAUAAAUACUGCGGUUGUUCCGUACAGGUUCAUUGCAGUCUCUCAGUAAGCUCCUCCAUACUGAGGGUGGGAACCAUGAGGCACAGGAGGAGCGCCACUGUUGAAUUGCGACUGGCCACCGUAAGACUGCUGGUUCCCCUGGCCUGCGUUAUAGGAAGGGUUAUAUCCUCCGGGAGGGGCUCCAGGUGGAGGAGGAAAGUUCUGAUUGCCUGAGCUUGGCGGUGGUGCACUAUAGCCCUGUGACUGCUGAGCAUGUUGAUCAGGCGGGCCGCCAAAGUGGCCGCCGUGCGCUUGAACAUCUGGAAAGCCUGUACCAGAAGACGGUUGAUGUGGCUGUUGUCCAGGGGGUGGAGGAAAGUAUUGUUGUCCCUGUUGUGCAUUUUGUCCAUGCUGGGGAGGGCCUCCUGGGGGAGGAGGAGGGAACGAGUUGUUCGAAGAACCAUGAGGGCUCCCACCGAAAGAAGAGUUGCCUCCGUACUGCUGGUUCGAGCCAGGCUGCUGCUGAUGACUUCCAUAAGGGCCAUUCUGACCGGGCUGUUGCUGAUGCGAGUUGAAAGGCUGAUGAGAACCUGGCUGCUGCUGCGAUCCGUAUGUCUGAUUCUGACUAGGUUGGUGUUGAGAACCGUACUGUUGGUUCGAGCCAUGCUGUUGAUGCUGGUUCGGGGAUGGAGAGCCAUAGGAAUGCACACCGGCCGCGGGGGGCGCUGAAGCGACCGGGGGAGCUGAGCCCGUAGGGUUGUAGGUUGGUGCCUCGCCAGAGUACGUUCCACCACCUCCCUGCUGCUGCUGCGGCUGUUGCCCAGAACUAUAGCCAAAGUUGGAGUUUUGUCCCUAUCGCCUGAUUAGUCUUGCGCGAACGGCGCACGUUGCUGUUGUGAACAUACACUGCUGCCGUGUUUGCCGCCAAACAUAGUUGCAACACCACCCAUAAGCUGCCCGGCGAGGCCUCCCUGAUGAUGGCUUGAGCUCUGGUUGGAAUUACCAUGGUAAUUUUGGGGGGCAGGAGGCUUCUCCUGACUAGCCGAGUGCAUAAAGCUCGACGCCAGUUGCCCAACGAGCUUUCCUGCGCCCGAGGGCUUGUUUCCUCCAUUGCUGCCGCCACUACCACCAUGGCUGCCGCCGAGGAACUGGUUUGCAAGACCGCCGAGAUUGCCCAAUGGACUGGAGCUGUGGCCACCGCUGCUGCUACCACCAUGACCAGAGUUCUUUCCGCCGAGCAAAGCGUUCAUAGCCAUGCUCUGACAGGCUGUUAGCAUAAUUCAACACUAUUCGAGAAAUGCCAAGACGACAUACUCCAAGACCCCGUUCACCAGAGGGACCAUCUACACCUCGGGUGCCGUCCGGCAUAAUUGGUUCCAUGGUACCAUCUGCAUGGCGCACAGUUUGCGAUCCAUCAGGAUGCGUGAUGAGUUCCGAACGUUUGGGAGCGCCGUAAGGAUGUUCGCCCUGGGGAGCUGGAGUAUUUCCCGUUUUGGCUGGUUCAGUAGGAACCUCCCACUGCGAAACACCGGUCGACAGUUGUACAUAAUAAUAUUUCUUGCUUGUGCCAUCCCAUUGAGCAAUCCAGCCCGCGGGCAGCGGGGGAGGAGCAAACGUGGGGCCUUCGGCCUGAGGAGAGGCAGGGCCCGUCAUGUUCGAGAUACGGUAUAGGUAGGUAAAGAUAUUGUAUGUAGCGGUCGAGGCGGGGAGAUGUCGCAAAUGGAGAGGUCGCAGAUAAGGUAGGCAAAGGAUGAAUAAAUUGUCGCGUGGUGAGGGAGAAGGAGUGGUUGAAGACGGAAGUCCGUCACUGAACGAGAAGGGCCGCAGUCAUGAAGAGUGUAAAAUACAAGAGGCGGGAACAAGACAAGAGACGAGGUGAGGUUUAGAUGGUGUCGCCUCUAAACUAACCCUGGGUGGUGGAGGUUAAUAAGGCAGGCUUGGCUUGACUGGGCUAAGCUGGAGGAGGGGCUCCAGGCUCUCUUUCGCCGCCCAAGAUCGAUUGAUGGGAAGGGACCCUCAGCAAGGGAAAAGCCCACUUUGGGUUGUUAUGCUGGGUUCCAUCCAUUCGAGAGGUAGGUACCUACCCAGCGGCUAGAUCAGGCGUCUCCAGAAGUGAGUAUCAAACUGAACCGGCUCACUAAUCCCAACAACUUGGACCAGUGUCUUCAACCAGGACGCCAAAUUUCGUACGGAUAGUCAGGUCCACAACCUAUACUAUCGGGCUCUGGAUAAUCAAUUCAGAUAUGUACUCCUGAACUCUCAAUAGCUUCAUCUCACCAUCCAAAAGACUCCACUGGGCUUCUGAGGUACCAAGGUAUGGACCAAGCACAGCCCCG